CCGUUAAAUACCAGGAAGUUGUAAACAAAGCUGACAGCUAUUUGGUUAGCUGUUAACUACAUCCGAAUGGAUGCAGAGCCAGUCGUGUAAACAGGCUAGUUAUUUGUGGAUGCAUCAGUAAUACAGCUAAACAUUUUCUUUUAUAUAACGUUAGAGAUCGUUUCGCGGAAACAUACAUUUUUGUGCGUUUGUUCAGCAAACUAACGUUAGCUGCAUUCCGUUCUGUCGUUAGGAAGGCUAACGUUUACACAAGGACGUUAGAGCUGGCGUUGACGCUUGCGAAGUUACGUCCAAUCGAUUAUUAUUACUCCACAUUGAACGGACAGUGAGUACAUCAGUACCCGGGUGUUGUUUUUCUGCUGCAUUUGUUGCGUGGGGCAGAAAGAGCGAGAGUCCAUUUUAGCAGGACAACAAUGUCUACGUCCAACGCUAAUUUCAAAAACAAGUGUGUGACCCAGGUGAACUGCAUAUUUUGUGAAAGUCUGCUGUGCACGAGAGGCAUGAAAGCAGUGCUUCUUGCCGACACUGAAGUUGAGCUUUUUUCGACUGACAUACCUCCCAAUAGAACUGUUGACUUUGUGGCCAGCUGCUACUCUACUGAAAGCUGCAAAUGCAAACUGAGGGACAUUGCAUGUCUCAAGUGUGGUAAUGUUGUGGGCUAUCAUGUUGUGGCCCCCUGUAAACCCUGCCUGCUUUCCUGUAACAACGGCCAUUUCUGGAUGUUCAACAGCGAUGCUGUAUCUACUCUCAACAGACUGGAUGCGACAGGUCUGAAUCUGCUCCUGUGGGGAGAUCUUCCCGAGCUGGAUGACAGUGAGAAUGAAGAAUCAGAAAGCCCAUCAGAGGAGGAGUGUAUUAGGUAGAGAGGGAAAUGGACAAUGUGCAAGACCUGGGACACCAACAUUUUAGAGGUGUAGCUUGAAGAGUGUACAAACCAUGCUUGAGAUAAGAGAGAAAAGAGAAGCCUUAAAGGGUAAUUUAAUACAGAAUCAAAUAGGGCAGAAAAGUGCUGCUCUCCAUGGGUUAUUUAAACCAUGGUGCACAUCAGGCCAGACCCCAAUCGGUGAUGUCACAGCAGGUGUUUUGCCUUUGACAGCUGAUCAACACCUGCUGUGACAUCACUGAUUGGGGUGUGACCAGAAACGCAUCAUGCUCUAAAGUUUGAACCCAGUGAAAAUGGUGCAGCAAAAGUCUUUGGCCAUAUGUAAUUUUGUGUUGAAUUACCCUUUUAACCUGUGACCAUGCCUUUCCCUGUCACUUUUCACAGUUAAAAGCACAGACACACACACGCUGUCACACACAUUCUUUCCUCUCUUUUUUUUCUCUUUUUGUACAUUUGCGCAAGGUAUUAUACAACGUGGCUGAAGUACUCUAAAAAAUAACCGACAGCUAGACUCCUUAAUCUAAUGCAUUCUACUUUUCAUCACGGAGUCUCCCCUGAGGUCAUGGUUUUGACCAGCCUCGUGAGCAGUUGGGGGUGCGGUAUGAUAUGUCAGUGAAACUUACCAGUGAAUGCUGUGCUUUUUCAAGCUGUUUACGCUGAGUCCAACUUUCUGAAAAGAUGACCACAAUUCGCCUACCUUCUUGUUAAUCGCAGUUAUAAUCUGUACAUUGAAUAUGCUGUAAUAAGCAAACACUCCUAUUAACAGUCAUGUCUUAAAGGCUUAUAUUUUCUCUGUGUGGCUUGGUGCUGACUGAAAGUUGGAGUGCUUUUUGAAUCCCAUGUGUUGGAGAAAUAGCACAAUUAUUGAAUUUUUGAUUUAGCUUACCUUACGAUCUGAAGUUCUAUCAGUGAUACGUUUUCAUUAUGCUAACACAGUAUUAGUUACACACCUGACAGCAGCAGUAUGUGUUUUAACACCCAGAUGAAUCUGACUGUAGCAGUGUCUGAUACUAACAUACUAACCAUGCCCUGGGUGUGCUUCCGCAAAGGCCCGGAGCAGCUGAAUUUUAAAGUUUGGUGAUUGCUAAGAGCUCAAAUCAAGUAAAGUAAAUUCCCGGAUUGACGAUAUAGAGUGAAGACAGAAUAGGAGUGUAAAAAGGUGCACUUAUGCAGCACUCUAUAGCUCUUCAAUGUCUGAAAACAUGACUUCUAAAUGGAUUUGUGUCCAUGCUGUUUUUGUUACAUUACUGUUCAGUUUUAUGCAGCAGCAUACUUGUAGCACCUGAAGAGAAGGCAGAAGUCAACUCCAAAGAAUCAUGGAACAUAUCAGUAUUGAACUUAUGGACUGGCUACCCCUCUAAAAACCUCAUUUUGAAUAGCAUUUCACAUUUUUAAGUAAUCUGUUGUGAAGCUAAGCUUAAAUCAAUGGAGCUGACCAUAAAAUGCUCAAACCUUGGUAUUCUAUUGGCCUUACUGGUGCUGUGUUUACUGACAAUGAAUCUUUUGUUAAGCUGUUGACUCGGGGGUUGAUGCUGUGUGUUAGUUGGUCAUCACCAACUGACCAGGCCUUCUCCUCAGCAUUUUGUGCCAGAUACAAGCUUCAACAUCCCAGUCACAAGGGACGUAACUCAAGUCGGCCCUUUUUUGGCAUUGCCAUCAUUCCGCUCUUGUUUUUGUUUCACUGCUGUGCCCUGCUGAUACUAUUUCUGUGAGCGACUGAGCUUUACCUGUAUUGUCGGCAAACAUAGAAUGUCACUUCUUACCUAAAGGAAAAGGAUAAAGGGAGUAGGUCUUUUUAACUUUAAUUGGCCUCUUUGUUAAUCUAUCCUAUAGCCUUUUAGUUGUGAAAAAAUACACAGAGGAGGAAAACUGUGUCCAGAUUUUCACGUCCUUCACCUCAAACUUAUAACUGACGGUCUGCUACACUUGCACACCAAAUACUGUCUAUGUGGUAAACUGAUAGGAUACAGUGCAUCAGAUAGGUAUUUAUUAAAUCCACAUACCAAAUAUCUAUAACCACAUACUUCCUUUUUGUUUACAAGCUUCGUUUACAAACGCAUUGGUUUGUAUUGUGCUAUAGUACUUAUGUUUUUGUUAAUGUAUUUAAUAUUUCAUUUGUGAUGUAGUGCUUUGUUUUGUACGUUAAAGGUUGGAUGUGUACAGUUUUACCUCAAGAAGGUAUCACUUGCGAGCUUCCUCUGGCUAGGACAAUUGUUAAAUGAUAAUCCAAAAAAUUAUUUAAAUGGCUGUUUCUGACACAAAUAACUUUGAUUAACAUGCCCUGCUGAAAGAUGUAUAUUUUGGAAUUGCACUGAAACUGCAUUGGUAGUUCGAAAAGGUGAUUUGUUGUUUUGUAUGCUUGUUAACUUAAUAAACUUUUUUUUUUUUCAAAAUAUCUUAAA